CAAACUAACGUUCAUGAUUUGAAUUUGACAGUGGACAAGAUGUCCAUAUGGUCAGGGGACAGUCUCAGGACUUGUUUUUCAUUCGUAGUUCUCACCUUCUUUCUGGCUUUUGUGUUGAUUACCGGAGUCCUCCAAGAGGUCAAAAAAAAUCGUGCUUUCGAUCAAAAGAUUGACUUCCCGGAUUUUGGCCACUAUAAUGGAAAUUUUAUGAAGAACAUUCCCCAUAGUGUGCUUCCAAUAGGCGACCAGAGGAAACGCAUAAUCGCAAUCGGAGACAUACAUGGCAUGAAUAGCUCGUUGACGGAUUUACUUGACGAGAUGCACUACGACCCGAAAAGAGAUUCGCUCAUUCACGUCGGGGACCUGGAGACAAGGGCGACUAUACACGACUCCAUUGACGUAUUGUCGUUCAUGUCAUCCAACAACAUCUUGGGCGUCAGAGGAAACAAUGACCAAAAAGUGAUCGAAUGGCGCGCUUGGAUGAACUGGAUACUAUCUCAUCCGGGAGGUCGGGAGUGGCUUUCUGUCAUGGACAAGCGAUGGCCUAACCUCGACGGAGACAAGCGACUCCAGAGAACAGAGCUUGAAAACUGGGUCGAGACGAGCAAGUACGCAAGUUGGAAGAAGAUGGUGCCUACUGGCUGGCAUCCAUUGGGCAAACAUUACAGGGUCGCUCGCGCCAUGUCUCCUGGACACUUCGAAUAUCUAAGUUCGCUUCCCCUUGUGCUUCAUUCUCCCACUGCCCAUGUGGUUUUCGUCCACGCCGGUUUGUUAUCUUCCCACCCGAAGCUCCAGGCUUCCGACCCUAAACAACCUCUUUCCCAUUGGCCUACCAUACAUGACCAACAUGAUAUUGCAAAACUGCGUAAACAGCAGGAGCUUGCAGUCCUCACAGAGAUUCCCGAAAACAAAGAUCCAUGGACCGUGACGAACAUCAAAAGUGUUAUGGAUACAGGAAUUGUGUCUACCAGUCCCAAGAAGGGAACUCCCUGGUCCCAAUUGUGGGAUGAUACAAUGUCAAAAUGUUCGGGAAAUUCGGGUACCAAUGCGGGCAAAUCAUACCAGCCAACCUCGCUUCCAUGUUAUCCGUUUACUGUUAUCUACGGACAUGCUGCAGGCCGUGGGUUAGAUAUCAAGCGAUGGUCGAUUGGUCUGGACACUGGUUGUUCGUACGGCCGUCAGUUAUCAGCUGUAGUCCUCGAUGGAAGCUCUUUCUCUUCUGCUACACACCAGUUCGGAGACAAUAUACAUGCACAAUUCCCCCAAUCACAAGAGAUCAUUUUCGGAGACAAUGGACAAGCGCGCAUUGUUAGUGUAUCAUGUGCAUAAUUAUCGUACCAAUCCUUCAUCCAGCUUUCUUCCUUGACGAAGAUUUAUAAUUUCACACUUUAUGAUUCCACCGCAAGACAAUGAUAAUUUAAUAAUCAUGUGCGUGUCUUCACGAAGCAUGCAAUAGCUUGUUGAGGACGGAGUCAGGUUUCCAUACACAUACCUCGGCUUGUUCUGUGACAGAUCAAGAGAUCAUGUCUUCCAUAUGAUCUGCAGAGUUAGCAGAUACGGUUCUUGCAUCGCACUCUGUGCCAUUGUACCAUGAUCCGAAUCAGCACUGUCGAGCUUCGAAACUUGAAGCGUAGCCGAUGUGGUAAACAUAGUCUUUGCAUAACUCAUCAACGUUUUAUCGCAGGAAA